UCUCUCCAUCUGGUCCACUUGGAAUCGUCCGAGACUCGGCGCACUGAAUCCCAACCACCCUGGAGAAGCAGGACUCCCGAUCGAGCGGAGCAUAUACCUACAUCCAAGCUUCACUUGCGACGAGGCGCAACCACGCCAGGUAAAAUAAACUACCACUCCUAGUACCAAGGUGAAGCAGGGCAGAGCAACGGCUACAGUCUGCUACAGGUGAACCAGGGGUAUGUUUCGUGGACGGAGAAGAUAGCAGCGGUAGGGGCAGCACAGCGCAGGAGAGCCACCGGCCCGUCAUGUGGACGCCGUCGCGAGGUCCGGGCAGCGGCCGGCGUGCCGGGCUCCGGCGCAUCGCGGAUUACAUCGGCGACGACCACACCGACGCGUCCGACAACGAGUCGUUCAUCACGUCGCACAGCGACGAGCUCCUCUCGUCGACGUCGGCCGCGGCCGGUGCCGGCGGCAGCGUCGGCAUGCUGCCGGCGUUUCUCGCAGACCAGAGCGACCUCGUGGAGGUCAUGCUGGAGCUGGACGAGGAGUCCAUGGUGGUGCGCAGCGUGACGCCCACCGCGGGGCCGGCGGCGCCGGCCGGGGCCGGGACGCACACGCCGGGGAGCGGGCGCAACCUGAGCCGAAGCUCGUCGACCUCGUCCAAGAUACGCAGGACGUUCGCUUGGCUGCGCUCGCCGGCGGCGUCGGCGCCGGAGCAGCCGCGGGAGGCGGCGAUGGCGUCCCGGGAGCGAAGGCGCGUGCAGGCCAGGCUGGACCGCUCGCUGUCCGGCGCGAGGCGCGCGCUGAAGGGCCUCCGGUUCAUCAGCCGCGCCACGGGCUCCGCUGAGGCCACCGCGCUCUGGGGCGCCGUCGAGGAGCGGUUCGACGCCCUCUCCCGCGACGGCCUCCUCGCCCGCGACGACUUCGGCGACUGCAUCGGUACGCCGUGCAGCGUGCAUGCAUGCCACUUCGGCUCAACUCGGUUCACGGCACGAUCGCGAGCUGGCAUUGGUGACGAACUAUUCGACGGUCGGUUUGCAGGGAUGGUGGACUCCAAGGAGUUCGCAGUGGGCAUCUUCGACGCGCUGGCGCGGCGGCGGCGGCAGACCCUCCAGCGGGUCACCAAGGAGGAGCUCCACGACUUCUGGCUCCAAAUCUCCGACCAGAGCUUCGACGCGCGGCUGCAAAUCUUCUUCGACAUGGUGGACACCAACGUCGACGGGAGGAUCACGAGGGAGGAAGUGCAGGAGCUGAUCGUUCUGAGCGCGUCGGCGAACAAGCUCUCGAGGCUCAAGGAGCAGGCCGAGGAGUACGCGCUGCUCAUCAUGGAGGAGCUCGACCCGGAGGGCCUCGGCUACAUAGAGCUGUGGCAGCUGGAGGCGCUGCUCCUGCAACGCGACGCCUACAUGAGCUACAGCCGGCCGCUCAGCAGCGGCAGCGGCAGCGCGGCGCAGUGGAGCCAGGACAUCGGCGCGCAGGAGAAGCCGGCGACGGCGGCGGCGCCGGGACGGGGCGGGUGGCGGUGGAGCCCGCGGCGCGCGGCGGGGAGGGCGCGCGUGGCGGCGGAGGAGAACUGGCGGCGCGCGUGGGUGCUCGCGCUGUGGGUCGCGGCGAUGGCGGCGCUGUUCGCGUGGAGGUUCGCGCAGUACCGGCGGUCGGUGGCGUUCGAGGUGAUGGGGCACUGCCUGCCGACGGCCAAGGGCGCCGCCGAGACGCUCAAGCUCAACAUGGCGCUGGUCCUCCUCCCCGUCUGCCGCAUCACGCUCACGCGCCUCCGCUCCUCGUGGGCGCGCUUCGUCGUGCCCUUGGACGACUGCAUCGCCUUCCACAAGGUGGUGGCCAUGGCGAUCGCGGCGGGGAUCUGCCUGCACGCCGGGAACCAUCUGGCGUGCGACUUCCCGCGGCUGAUCGCGUCGAGCCCGGCGGAGUACCGGCCGCUGACCGGAUUCUUCGGGGAGGAGAAGCCGACAUACAGGAGCCUGCUGUCCGGGGUGGUGGGCGUGACCGGGGUGGUGAUGGUGGCGCUCAUGGCCGUCUCCUUCACCCUGGCCGCCCGGCCGUUGCGGAGGGCGUCCACCCGCCGGACCCGGCUGCCGUCCCCGCUGGGCCACCUCGCCGGGUUCAACGCCUUCUGGUACUCCCACCACCUGCUCGUCGUCGUCUACCUCCUGCUGCUCGUGCACGGCUGGUUCAUGUUCCUCGUCAGCAAGUGGUACCAGAGGACGACAUGGAUGUACAUAGCCGUGCCCUUUGCUCUACACGUCGGUGAACGAACGCUGCGGGCGCUGCGUUCCAAGGCCUAUGCAGCCAAGAUCCUCAAGGUGUGCCUUCUACCAGGAAAUGUGCUGACCAUAACCAUGUCAAAGCCCUACGGAUUCAGAUACAGAAGCGGACAAUAUGUUUUCCUUCAGUGCCCAACAAUUUCUCCGUUUGAAUGGCACCCUUUCUCCAUCACUUCAGCCCCAGGAGACGACUACAUCAGUGUUCAUAUCCAGACCAGGGGAGACUGGACACAAGAGCUCAAGCACAUCUUCGUGGAGAACUACAUGUCGCCAUGCCUACCCGGAAGAGCUUCAUUUGGCGAUCUGGGCAUGGCAGAACAGAAGAGUCCUCCUCGGUUGCUUGUCGACGGCCCGUAUGGUGCUCCGGCGCAGGAUUUCAGGAACUAUGACGUUUUGCUUCUCGUCGGCCUCGGAAUCGGUGCGACGCCUUUCAUAAGCAUUCUAAGGGAUCUGCUCAACAACAUUAAGCUGGCUGAUGAGCUGAUGGACCUAUCAAUGGAGACUAGUAGGUCAGAGGACAGCAGCAAUACCACCUUCAGCGUGUCGACAGCCAGCAGCAACAAGAGGAGAGCGUAUCGGACAAGCCGCGCGCACUUCUACUGGGUUACGAGGGAGCCCGGAUCGUUCGAGUGGUUCAAGAGCGUGAUGGACGAGGUUGCUGAAAUGGACAAGAAGGGUGUCAUAGAGCUGCACAACUAUCUCACAAGUGUGUACGAGGAGCGCGAUGCAAGGACGACCCUGCUCUCAAUGGUGCAAGCCCUGAACCAUGCCAAGAAUGGUAUAGACAUAGUAUCAGGCACCAGGGUCAGGACACAUUUUGCAAGGCCUAACUGGAAGGAAGAGUUCACAAGAAUCUCUGCCAAGCACCCUGGUUCGACUGUUGGGGUGUUUUACUGUGGGAAGCCCACACUAGCGAAAGAACUGAAGAAACUAUCACUUGAGAUGAGCCACAAGACGACGACUCGCUUCCAUUUCCAUAAGGAGUAUUUCUAAUAGAAUAGAAUACAAACACCUCAGAUAACCAUAGUCACAAAUAUUGAUUAAAAAAUUCAAUGUUUUUUGGAAGAAAACUUGCCCUCUUCACCAUUUGUACAUAGUAUAAAGUAGAAGGCAGUUAGAAGCACUUUUAUUAACAAUAUGAGAGGGAAUACUAUUCUGUUUGAUAUGCACGUAUAGUUAGCUACCUGUAAAAAAUAUCAAAUGUUAAGCAUACAACAGACUGAGGGCACCAUCUUCCUUGGGUCAGCGGAUGAUUGGCUUGGAUCAUCAUUGCCUCUUUUUACCCUCCGCCAAGGCAGAGCUUCGCUCUUGUAUAACUUUGCUCUUUACCUAGUAUGUGAUAGUGUGUGUGUGUUUGUUACCA